AGCACGAUUACCAUCAUUUAACAAUAUACUGGUGUAGUGCCGUCAUGACAUUUGGCAGUGAAAUCCGGUGACCGUUGUUAACAUGAUGGUUUUCGCUUCAUUCUCGCUUUCAUUGUUCACCUUUCUUGCUAUUUCGUCGCUCGGCAGAUCCGAUGAGCCAAGCAAAGUAGAUAUCCAAAAGCGGCUAUUGCAAGACCAGUUUGGGGAGAAGUUAUUGGAUUCUUACCGCUCAGCGUUGGUAGGCUUUUCCAAUGGUUCCAUUCUUCUAAAUGGCAGCUUACCGAAUAACGAUCAAUGUGCGAAUGAUUUGGCCAACAUUAAGAAAGAUGGCGCUAAACUGUUUAAAUACUUUGAUACUGCUGGAAAACCAAGAAGUGGCAUUUCACGUGGGAAUCUUCUUUGGCUUGGUUCAUAUAGUGAAUGUUUGGCCCUUUCUGAUGCCAAAUAUUGUUUGUCCACCAUGGAGUUGGAUUACCCACCUCUGAAAAUUGCAAUUAAACCAAUCUAUUGGGGGGCAUGUUUUCCAAGAAGCUGCAAUGCAGCUAAUAUAUCCUCUUUGAUGAACAAGAUAUUACCGAAAAUUGAAACAGCAACAGGUAUUUACAUAAAGUAUAUUGGUCCUCUUUGCCCUGAGGGACCAACUUACACCACUGGCGUUAAAGCUGCAAUAGCAUUUUUUGGCAUUUUGUUAUUCUUUUGCCUUCUUGGAACCAUUAUUGAUCUGGUUUGUGAAGAACGGAAGGAAGUUUUAUCUGCAAGAGAGCGACAACAAAGUGGUGAUGGUUUGGUAGAACAUGUACAACUGCCACCUUGUGAGGAUAACCAGUAUCCACAGAGUCAAAGUGUGGGAAACAUUCCUGGGACAAGUUCCGAUAUGCAUCCAUUGCUAGUUUCCAAUCCUACUUUCACAUGUCCUAGAAUUUUCGACAUCCUGUUUGAAAUCUUUUUUAUAGUACUAGGAUUCAUGAAAGAUUUUCUUCUCUGUUUUUCUCUUGUGCGUAAUAGCCAGAAGAUAUUCAAUACAGAUGUGCCACCAGUUGCAAUCACCUCAAUCAAUGGUAUCCGUGUCAUAAGUAUAUUAUGGGUUAUGUUGGGUCACAUGUUCUUACUUUUCAUCUUCAGCCCGUUCACAGACAAUAAAGCUGGUCUUAUUGAGGAUAGCCAAUUGUUAAGCAUCAUGCCCGUGAUAAAUGGAUAUUAUUCCGUGGAUAGUUUUUUCUUUUUGAGCGGACUUUUGGUGGCGUACACUUGUUUCAGAAAAUUGGAAAAAAGUGGCGGAAUUUUCAAGUUCAAUUGGAUUUUGUUUUAUGUACACAGAUACUUAAGGCUAACCCCAACGCUCAUGGCGGUGGUUCUCAUAUCAGUCGAGCUGAAGAGAUUUUUAGCAAGUGGCCCUAUCUGGUAUCAACAAUAUGAAGACAAACUCUGCGAAGACUAUUGGUGGACUAACUUGCUCUACAUCAACAACUUUCAUCCAAAGACACUCGGAGAUGAGUGUGUCGGAGUAUCCUGGUAUUUGGCGAACGACAUGCAGUUUUUUGUCAUCACGCCACCGUUGUUAAUUCUUAUGUAUAAGUUUGGAUGGGCUGGUCUAAUUGGUCCAGGCACAUUACUUUCGGCAUCGACCAUCGCCACUGCAUUCAUCUAUGGCAACUGGGACUUGGAUCCCUUUUCAUCAUUAAGAAUUGGGCAAACCACGAAGACACCAGAACAGACAAAGAGAUCAAACGAGUACCAACAAUAUGUUUACACUAAGCCUUGGUGCAGAGCACAGCCUUACCUGGUCGGCUUCAUUCUUGGCUACUUCAUUUACAGAUAUUCCAUUCGACAAAGUCUUAACAUACGGCGACGAUAUUUUGUUUUUUGGUCUAUCACAAUCGUUGGCUGGGCGAUUGCAGCUGGUCUAGGGAUGUGGUUGGUAUACGGACCGCACAAAUUCAUCAAGAAUGGUGCAGAAGAAUGGCCUCUUGCUGGGAGGGUUGCCUACGGGGCGACAGAACGGUUGCUUUGGGCACUGGUUUUGGCAUGGGUUACCUAUGCAUGCCAUUUUGGCGGAGGAGGUAUUGUGAAGAAAUUUUUAUCGUCAAAGUUCUGGAUUCCGUUCAGCCGUCUGACAUUUAAUGUUUACCUGAUACAUAUUUACGUGAUAACUGUGAUGAUGAUUGGAUCUCAAGGAUAUAUUCACUACGACUCUUUUACCAUCUCGUACUACUUCGCUGCAGCAAUUAUGCUCUCGUAUGCAGCUGCGUACAUGUUGGCUGUAACUCUUGAACUUCCCCUUGACAAUCUCGAGAACCUUGUUAUUAAGAGACUCAGGGGCCGACGAAUUUGAGUUUUUCAAGUAGGCGAAUUUGAGGGGCGGAAGAAUUGCAGUGUAUUUAGAGAGUAUUUUGAUUGUGAACCUUUUCUAACUGCACUAUAUAGCUAUAUUUAAAAUAGAUUUUAAACUAAUUUAAAUCACAAAUCAAUUUAUACAUAGAUUUAUGUGGAUCUAAAAUAAUUUUAGUUCAACGACAACUACAGGGUGCAUAAAAAACGGCAAUCCUGAUAAUUCCUAGGGGCGUACGAUCCUUUGUUAUUGAAAAGAAGCGAAUAUUAUAAUUAAUUUCGUUCUCUUUAUGCACCCUGUACAAAUUCAUUAUAGUGAGAAUUUGUAAAUCGACAUGAGUUUAGCUUGAGUUUAAACGUUUCAUUUAUCAUUCACAAUUUGACGUUGUAGACGUUUUAAAUAAACAGAGCUCAGAAGUAUUCCUUUUUAUUGCGGACCCUUAAUUAUGUAUCGAGCAAGUUUUUCUAGUUGUUCUUUUUAACACAAAUUUGUAUAAAAAAUUACUCGAAUGAAGCUUAGCUCUGUUUUUAAGGCCUAGGUUAAACGUCGAAUGCAAUUCGAAAAAUAGUUAUUUAGAUGAUAAUAAGCUUUGUGACGCGAGCAAAAUACUAAGCCCAAACCUUGACUUAACAUGUUAAUUAAAACACUGCUAUUGUUUUAGUUGAACAACAAUACAAUAAACACGUGCCAAAAGAGA